AUGUCGACCUCUUACAAUCCAAAAUCGACUGCUUACAACAAGAUUCCUCAGUUUGAUGAACUAAACUUCACUUCUUGGAAGUCAAAGGCCAUGGAUGCUCUCGAGAUCAUGGACUUUGACAUGCUCGACGUCAUCAACAAAGGACCCAUCACCAUUACGAAUCAAUCAUCCAAUGAUGGUGCAUCUGAUAGUAAGCUAAAAAGGAAAUCUAUUUCGGGAUUCAACAAGGAAGAAAAAAGGGUGUUGAAUCUCGAUGUAAAGGCGAGAGUUGCUAUUAGAAACUCACUCCCUUAUUAUAUCUAUCGUUUGGUUCAAAACUGCUCGACUGCUCAAGAGAUGAUGAUCAAACUAUCAUCUGCUUUUGAAAAGGAAAAUCUUUCAGAUGACAAAGUCUCAAUAGGUAAGUGUCUCAUGGCCCAUAUCAUUGAAUCUCAUGUUGACACAUCAAAUGACAGCGUUGGAUCUCUUGACAUUGAUCCUUCUCAAGCUGCUACAGACCCUAUAUCCACUAAUGAGAAUCUAAGUUCUGAAUUCGCUGAGAUCAUGGCUAAGAAGUUCGAAAUGAGCAUGAUGGGUGAACAAACCUUCUUUAUAGAUAUGCUGAAGAAGUAUGGUUUUUCUAACUACAAACCGACAACUCCAAUGUCUUCAUCAACGUUUAUUGGUGAUGAUCCAACUGGCGCUGAUAUGAACACAAAUCUGUAUCAAGGGAUGAUAGGUUCACUGCUCUAUCUUACUACAAGUCGUCCUAACAUUAUGUUUACAACCAUAUUGUGUGCUCGUUAUCAAGCCAGUCCUAAGGAAUCUCAUAUUCACGCUAUAAAGAGAAUUUUUUGUUAUUUAAAGCAUACAUCAAAUAUUGGGUUAUACUAUCCUCAUGAUUUUGAGUUCAAUCUGGUGGGAUACACUGAUUCUGAUCAUGGUGGAUAUGACAUUGAUCGUAAAAGUACUUCAUGA